UCACUACUGUAUAUUGCUCUCUUCCGUAUUUAGUGCUUUUUGGUUGUCACACAUUUCUGUCACCAAAUAAAUAAAUCGGAGAAUUUUAUUUUACGAAACGAAUUUAUUUCAUAGUGACUUAUAGUUAUUUGGAAUAUUUUAAUAUGGCUGAUGACGAAGAACGCUUGCUACCGAUGCUCUUCUUUCAAGAAACAACGGGUAAAAGAGAUUUCAGACACGGCGAAAUAAAACCAAAGAUCGAAACAGUUUAUCAAGGAAAAUCUAAGUGCAUUAGGAUACGUCCUCCGCCUUUAAAGUAUUUUCAUACAAUGAACGAGUGGAAGGCUCCUACCUUACCGAUGGAGCUGUUUGUUACGCCUAAAGACGUUGUGCGCACCAAUCCUCGACUUGGACAACGGACUUAUGAACGUCCUCCUGAUCUGAAUUUAGCGCAAGUUCGGAAGACGCGUCCUCGCCUCGUGAUGACGCCGGCCGUCAGCAUCGACGAUAUGGAAGACGAGGACGCUCGUCAGAUUCUCCUCAAAAACAUCUACAAAGCGACGGCGACAAAAUCCAUGGAAGAUACUGCAGCUUAUUUCCCGAUCAAUAGCGUGCAGGCGCCCUUCCCGGGGCUGCCUGCUGCCGCCAAUCCGUUUGUGUUCCCGAAAUUAAAUCCAUCUUACGUAUCGCCGGAAUGGCGAAUGGACUCGGUGACGUGGGAGAAAAAGCGUCUUCGAGCCUAUUGCAAUCCGACUAAAGAUUUUUGGAUGGAUCAGCAAUUACCCCAAUGCAGAGCAUGCAGAGAGUAUGCUACUAUGAAAGCAUACAGAACUAAGCGUCGACAAAUGAAACCGGGAAACCGUUAGCAUCAUAGGCACCUACUGAGUAUACACAACAGAAGUUACUUUCCUAACUUGUUACAUUAAAAUUUAUUUUAUAAGUUUAUAUUGAUUACGUUUGUAA